AUGAUCUUGCGGAGCCUUAGACUAGAAUCGCAUUCCAAGCCAGAAGCCGGUUGGGCGAUGAGCAAUGCGUCUGCUGGGAGCAGCUGCAGUAGAGCACCGGAGGCCGAGGCCAAGCGGAGGAAGGGGCCGCUGCCGGUCUUUGUCUGCGAGUACCACGACGAGGCCCUUCGCUUUCUGCAUUUCUGCAUUCGGCGACGCAAGAUUCCCUUCGGCGAUCUGGCGAUGGUUCACCUGGACGCGCAUCCAGACCUCUCGGCAUCAACGCAGCUGGAUGCGGACCGAAUCUACGACAGCCCCCUGGAGGUCUAUGCGGCGCUGCGGGAGGAGGAUGGCGGCAUCGCCCAGUGGAUUCUCCCAGCCGUCUACGGAGGGCACCUGAGCAGUGUCUGGUGGGUUCGCCCUCCCGGGUCGCAGCAGAUUUCUGACGGCACUUAUCGCAACUCUGAUGCAGAGCCAAACCGUACAUGCAGUCUUGUUCGAGGGCUGAGGGCCUCGAAGGCAGAGGGCUGA